AUGAACCCCGACGAUUACACAUCCGACGAUAAUCGGAAAAGAUAUAGAGAAAAUGAAGAGCAGUCUUUUUCGAAAAGCAAAAAAGUAUCAAGAACCCCAGAUAAAAGGAACACAGAGGAAGAAAAACUAGACCAAAUAUUAAAUAUGAUGGCAAACUUAACGAAAGAGACACAAGAUCUGAAAAUUCACGCAAAAAAAAUUAAAGAGGAGCAAAGGCAAUACAGAGAAGAAAUGAGGGAACUCCGAAUUGAAUUAGAAGAAUUAAGACAAGAGAAUGGUGAAGUGCGAAGAGAAAAUGAACAUAUGAAAAAGGAACUGGAAGAUGUAAAAGUGCGCCUUGAAAGACUCGAUAGAGCAAGAAAAGAAAAUAAUGUUAUAGAAUUACAAAUACAAAAAGAAAUAGUCAAAAUAGCAAAUGAUGAAAUAAGGAAAGGAAAACGCGUCCAAAUUAAGCACAACAAAUUGAUAAUAGAUGGACGGGAGAGGAAAUGGUAUAAGAACAAGAAUCAGUUGGAUGAGGUUUUUCAAAACGUUUUAAAAAACUAG